ACAUUGACGAAUGCAGUGAAGCUCAUGCCGUUAAAUUAAACAAAUGUCAUCCGAAUGCCUCUUGUAUUAAUACUAGGGGCUCAUACAACUGUCAUUGCAAUCCUACUUACACUGGAAAUGGUUUCAAAUGUACAGCCGACCCAUGUUAUCAUUAUCAAAGCUUGAGUGAUGCCACUAGAAAGAGCAGUUACAUAACACCCCAGUACCAAGAGGUUUGUGACGACCAACUCCCUGAGGAAAGGUAUCGUUUUGUGGGAGCUGCGGGAACAAAAAUGCCAACAGCACGUGUGCCCGCAUUUAGAUGCGGUACAUCCUGGUCAGGCUGGUUGGAUGGUGCUCAUCCUACAGUGGAAGAUGGUAAUGUCUCCAGGACGCCCCUGUACAAGAAAACAAGCAUGUAUUGGAUAUUCCGCCAAGUAAGAUUCCUCCUCUACGUCUCUGCCAUAAAGUCUAUCACAGCUAAUGAACAAUGCAGGACAGAAGUAAACAUACAAGGAAUGGCUCUCAAGUGCUAUGUCUUCAAAAGAUGGUCAGUGGCGGCUCCUCACCUCUGCGAUGUCAAAUGUGGACGAGAGAUCGCGUGCCAAAGCUAUAACUACAAUAGAAAAUAUCAAAUAUGUGAACUGAAUAACCGCACUAAGGAGGCGAGGCCAGAGAAUUUCCUUUCCACGCCCGGGUGGUUUUACAUCAGGCGAUUGAACGGCAGAGCCGAUCCGUGUGUUAUGUAUAAAAAACUGAGCGAUGCCAAUCGAAGAAGUAGCUACCCUACGCCCCCAUCUGGACCAGCGUUGUGUGAUGAUCAACUCCCUGAGGAAUGGUAUCGUUUUGUGAGAGCUGCAGGAACAAAAAUGCCAACAACACGUGUGCCAGCAUUCAGAUGUGCUCCUUUGGGUUCUAUUCCUGGGUUACCGGCGAUAUCCUGUCUCGAAAUAAAGGCAAGUGAAGGUAAAAACACCAUCAGCGGCAAGUACUGGCUGGAUCCAACAGGCACUGGGAAGGCAAUAUUGAUUAACUGUGAUAUGGCUAGCGGGGAUGUGGAUGAAUGUAAAUAUAUCAUUAGUGACUGCGAUGUGAAUGCAAACUGCGCUAACACGCAUGGUUCUUACAAAUGCACAUGUAAAGCUGGAUACAAUGGCGAUGGACGCUCAUGUUCAGAUGUCGAUGAAUGCAGCGAUAACAUUCAUGUUUGCGAUGUGAACGCAAUAUGCACUAACACCAAGGGCUCUCAUUACUGUACUUGUACGAAUGGAUACAUUGGGGAUGGACAAUCAUGUAAAGGUACCCGACUUUAG